AUGCUGACAAUCAGGGCAUCUCUCGCGCCCGAGGCACCCAUCUCUGCUCUAGCGGACGAGCUACCUCCGAAGUCAACCACUAUCGGGGCACUUUUUGUUGGCUGGGGUAUCUCCAUGCUGGUCUUCGGCAUACUGUGCCUGCAGACCUGGCUAUACUUCAGCCGCUAUGUUCAUGAUUCUCCCUGGCUCAAGCUAUUCGUUGCGUCACUAUGGGUGCUUGAAGUCGGUCACCAAAUAUCCAUAGCACACUUCAGUUGGCAUUACCUUGUAACGGACUAUGGGUCAUUGCCCGGUGCUCUAUCUGAAAGAACUGUGUGGAGCCUUGCUGCCGUGGUUAUCUUAGGGGUGACUGUAGCCGCCAUUGUCAAGAUCUUCCUCGGUUGGCGUAUCUACAGAGUGAGCGGAAGACACUAUUGGCUGGGAGCUACUAUUGUGUUCUCCAUUGCCCAAUUCGCACUUGGCAUUGCGUUCGCCGCUCGAUCUGUAUCACUAGCACUCGAUGAACUCACCACUCUUACGACGCUACCGACAAUAGCAUUAUCCUUGGGUUCAGCGACGGAUGUCGUCAUCGCUCUCGUUCUCAGCUUCUAUCUGCAUACCAUGCGCACAGGCUACCAGAAGUCUGAGAGGUUGAUUGACAGGCUGAUCAUCUUCAGCGUCAAUACGGGAGCGCUCACUGCAGCCGUCAGUGUAUCUGUCGUUGUCUUGUUCCAAACGAUGCCCGAGAACUUCGUCUACAUCUCUGUGUACUUUCUUGUUUGUAAACUCUACUCCAACUCAUGCCUCGCAACACUUAAUUCGCGGAGAGGCAAGGGCCGUGGUCGUGAGGAAGACGCCGAGUCCCAUGUCGCCAGUCACGCUCUAGCGUUCUUCAGCCCUCGCUCGAACAAUGUUCCCAUCGACGUGGACACGACCAAGUUGGCUCAGUCCGUGAUCCAGAUUGGUGUACACCAAGAGACAUCUGUCGCCCAGGACGGGGAUAGUGCCUCUACCAGGCCAGUAUCCGAUUACGGCAGGCAAAGCUCGGAUAAGAAGUAUGACCGUCCGGGUGCAUUAUAG